AUGCCUUAUCCAGUCCCUCAUGUAAUCCGUACUGUUGUCCAGCAUCGCAUGUGUGAGCUCUCUGCGGAUCCUCAGAAUCAACACGCGCUCAUAAUUAUUGAGUCGGCGUUGAGACACAUAUGUGUCGAGCUGAUCAAGGAGCUGCAUGCAUUCAUUCAUCUGGUGCUCGCCACGCUGCAGACCACGAAUGUCCCGGAGGCGUUGAGAAGUUGA